AUGGAGAGAUAUUACGAAAAUUAUUUUGAAGAUGACUGGCCAAUUCCAUCCCAGUUCGACGUGGCCGCUUUCAGCUCAGGGCUCAAAGCCAAGUGUCGCGAGUCCUACGAGAGACGGACCGGGAUAGAGUAUGAGGAAGGAAGCUACAACGAGUGCGACUUCGGCAACCUCUACACAGCCCAACCAGCCAAGAGGGCAAACGAAGCCGCAGGCACAGCGAACACAGCCUUCAUCGGCUCCUCACCUCCCACCAACCAAUUCAGCCCUUCCAAACUCACCAUCAAACCCUCCGGACCCUCGUCCGGCCCCUUUCUCCCCGGCGGCGGCAUGACUUCCCUCCUCUCCCCCAGCAUCCACAUCCUCGCCCUCCUCCUCGCCACGGCCAUCGCCCUCUACAACCACCGCGAGCUAGCCCGAUACAUCCUCUACUGGCUCGCGCGCGCCGCCGGAAUCGACCUCGCCGCGUGGCCAAGCACCAUCCACCUCCUCCCUACCGCCCUGCGCGACAUCACCCCCAACCUCCCCCAUGCCACCACCACUACCACCCCUACCAUCACCACCACGACCACCUCCCACCACCCCCACCAUCAGUCGCACCCCCACCACCACCCGCCCCCGCCCCUCCUACUACUGGACCACUCUCCCACGCGCUCCGCCUCCAAGAAGGGGCUGACCGCCCCCGCGCUCACCGCCCUCCAAGCCUGCUACCUCCUGACGCUCCUCCUCCUGAUAUGCAUCUGCCCGACAGGCGUAGCCGAGGUCGUCAUAUCAUCAACCUGGAGCGGGCUAGUGUGGCCGGGCGACGCAGAAGGGCCUGGUUGCCCGCUUGGCUAA